AUGAGACAGCCAAUCACGAGCCGACCUGAUUCCGCAUUAGCCAAUCAGCAGCGACGUUGUAGCCGCGGCAUCAUCCAGCCAGCGGAACAGAACAGCGGAAAACAAGAGCAUCUUUUUGUGAUUUUUACGGACACUUCCAGAAAGAAACCUUUAGGCAAGAAUGGGCCGCAGGAAGUCAAAGAGAAAGCCUCCUCCAAAGAAAAAAAUGACUGGAAACCUGGACACCCAAUUUACCUGUCCUUUCUGCAACCACGAGAAGUCCUGCGAUGUCAAAAUGGAAAGAACACGAAACACCGGCAUUAUAUCAUGCAGUGUUUGUUUGGAGGAGUUCCAGACCCCUAUAACGUAUCUGUCAGAACCAGUGGAUGUUUACAGCGACUGGAUCGAUGCUUGUGA